AAAGAAAGAGAGAGAGAGAGAGAUUCAUUUUUAACUCGAGAAACGUAUAAGUACACGAUUUAUAUAGGAUUUCCUAAUACGAACGAACGGAAGUCGAAGGGGAAGGUAAUUUGAAUUCAAAAAUAGCGCGUCACAGCCAUGUUGCAUCAUGGCGGACUUGUCUGUCCGUUCGCCAUAGCCCUCAAUUCGGACGAAGACAGAGACGAGUUUCAUGCAUCGUUCGUUAAUAUUUGGAGAUCUCAGAAAAAUCUUUCGCUCAUGCGUGAACGAUCGAUCGAUGCGUGCUCGCCUGGUUAAAAGAAUCUAUCAGCUGAUUUUUACGAUAAGGAUUACGGUGGAAAGAUAAACUAACGUAAAGAAACGGAAAAAAAAAAAGAAAAAGAAAAAGAAGGGAAAGAAAGAGGAGUAGAGGAGAUCGAACGGAAAGAAAAGAAAUUUUCCGGAAGUUGUAUUUAGUGCUACGUAAACACGCACCAAAUUGAAAAUGGCUUUGUCAGCUUGGGCCAGGAAACAUUCGAUGAUAUUGACCGUCGGUGUCAGCAGUGCGGCUGGGCUAUUGUAUUCCUGUUACACCACGAAUAAACGGUUGGCUACCUUGAUUUCAUUGUGUUCCUUUGGUAGCGCAUGUUUACACAAACGUUACGGUUCUCGGCAUAUGCUCGAUACGAAUCAGGUUGUAAUAAUUACAGGCUGUGAUUCGGGACUCGGUUAUAGUUUAGCAUUGCAUUGUCAAUUUCUUGGUGCCACCGUGAUAGCCAGCGUUUUAGACAAUACUGGUCAGGGUGCAGAAUUAUUAAAGGAAAAAGGAAUCGUUGUAUUACCACUCGACAUUACAAAUGAUAAGAGUAUCGAAAAUUUUUACAAAGACGUACACUUAUUACUCAACAAAAAGAGAUACACUUUGAAAGCAUUGGUGAACAAUGCAGGUGUUAUGAUCUUCGGUGAAUUCGAAUGGCAAACCAAGGAUCAAGUGAAACAUCAAUUAGAAGUGAACCUUCUUGGGACGAUGAAGAUCACGCAUCAAUUGAUGCCUCUCAUCCGAAAAGAUUCAACCAGGAUUGUCGUUGUUUCAAGCCAUUGCGCGAGCGAACCUUUACCCGGAGUAGCAGCCUACAGUGCGACAAAGGCUGCGAUCAAUGCUUGGGCCACGGCCAUCAGGGUAGAACUAAAGAAAUAUGGCAUCGACGUUGUUACUUUUGUUCCUGGAUCCUUCACCCAAGAGAGUAACAUUUUAGCUAAUCAACCGGAACGUUUCGAUGCGAUGAAAGAAUCGAUGACGUUAGAUGCGAGAUAUUUUUAUAGGGAUUAUUUUGAUCGAUACGUGAAAUAUUUUGAACCAUUGGCAUGUAAGGUCACGCCCAAGCCCGUCGAGAAUCCUAGAAUUUAUGAAAAAUUUGAGGGAGCACUGUUAGACAAUUAUCCAUCGUCGGUUUAUAAAUGCGAGCCAUGGAGAUAUUGUUUCUAUUAUACGUUAUUUAAAAUUACACCUUAUUAUAUACGUGAUCGAUUGACUGAAUCAUUUGUAAAAUUACCUAGUUGGAAAGAAAGGGACAUUGAUGAGAGAUUUGAGAUCGAUAAUUCAAAGAAACCAGUUUUUGAGGAGCUUGCUAAGGAUUUUAGUUUGUUAGAAAAAGGUUUAUAGUAUACGGAAGAGAAAGUAUUUUUUCUUUCUUUCUAACUCCAAUAAAUUGUUCAUUUUAUUUUUCA